AUGGAAAAAUUUUUAACGAAGAAGAAAUCAGUUGUAAUGGAUUUUAAGGACAAUAAUAUUAGUGAAGAAAAUUCUCCACAGGCGACAAAUCCAGUUGGUACUUCGUUAUGUUCGGAUAUAGUUAGUGAAGAAGAUUUAGAGCUAAAUAAUGCAUUAGAAAUGCUUAAAACGGCCAAAUUAUCUCAUUUAAAGAAUUCCAUACAACAAAUCAAAUUUUCACGUCCUUUUCUUUCGGAUGAUUAUCGAUUACUGGAAGUUACUGAAGAAUUAGCUGAUAUGAUUGAGUCAAAAAAGGAACUUUUUCCUCAUUCUCUUGUGGGUGGGCGUGAUCAUCCUUGCUCUUGGGCCCCUACCAAAGGCUUGGGAGGUCUGAUAUUUCGUGGCCAAAUCGAUGAUUUUCCUGUUUUAUGUACUACAAGCGAGACUUAUCGAGUAAAAGAAGCAGAAACAUCGAAUACAUUGUUGAUUUUGGAUUCACUGAAUUGGAAUGAAAUAAAUGAUCGAGAAAAUUAUUUUAAAAUUCGUAAUGUUUCCGCGAUGAAAACACGUUAUCUUGAAUUAACUCGACUAACAGUCUUGUCGACUCGUCGUAUUAAGGAGAUAUUAUGCGAAAGCCAAUUAAAAUGGAAUGAUUCUACGACGCCAAAUUUGAAAUUAUAUACAUUUACUGAUUUACUGGAUAUUGUGCAAAUGAGCGAAGAGGAAUUGAGAAAUUGCAUUGAAAAUUUACCAAUCGUUCUCCUUGACGGAAACGUGCGAUUGCUUUCAUUGGAGUAUAUAGAUCGCUUAUUAAUGGAAUUAACUGAUUAUAUUGAUGAUGAAAGUGAACCAGAUAUUCAGACCUAUUCUAUUGAUUAUAAAAUAUUUUUUAAUGCACUAAUGAGACGUUCAUCAAAAAAGGAUAUUUCUAUCGAAGCUGUAAAAUGGUUAAUGAAGAGCCAUUGUUCACUUAUUGAAGGUGACAGAUAUAUGCUUAAUGAACGAGCAGUCUGUCGAUCGAAAGCUUCACAGCUCUUGCGAUCAGCUGUCAAGUUUGAUUUGUUGUCUUUCCGAAAAAAACUGGAUCAGAUGCUACCAGAUGGUGUAGAAAUGAAAGAUGAGUAUUUGGAAGGUCUGGCUUUCAUAGAUGAAGAUAUUGCAUUCGGCAAGACUAUUCGCUAUCUCAAUGCGGAAGAAAUGCCUGAAGAUGAAUACAAAAGAAUGGAAUUACUGUUUUCUUUGCGUUCUCAGUGGAGGCCGAAUGAGAUACGACAUUUUCUCAAUGAUAUCUGUCCUACACAACGCACAUUGAACGAGGUUUUAGAUAAAUACUGCCGCUAUUCCAUGGUUGGUAAUGAAAGAUACUUGGUUGGCUUAAAAUGA